AUGGGCGAGGGUAAAGGAGCUGUGGUUAUAUUCGGUGAAUACAGAGGAUCAGGCGGUUCUAGUGGGAGUCGUAAGCUCGGCUGCACCGGACUAGUACUCGCGAAGAGAGAGCGUAGGUCUUCCGGUAUCACCCGGUCUGGAUCUGAAGCCAAUCGCAACUACCCUUGCUUGGUUGUAACAACCAUGGAGUUAGAGGAUGGGCUAUGGACAGAAGUUCUACGGGGGAGUUUGGAAAGCCCCGAGAAACACGAGAGCAAGCUUGUCAGAAGAAACCCAUGCCGGAAGAGCUAA